AUGAUUCAUGCCAUUGCCGACGACCACCUUUUCAUAAUAUCAUCAUUCUUAUUCUCUCUAACAACACUCUCACAAUUAAUCUCCUCCUCAGCCUCUCCUACCCAUAAGUUAAUCGAAACCCACAAAUCAACCGCAAGAAGAGUCCUCCACCAGCCGCUAUUUACCCCCACUUCUUUCCCUCCACCGGCAUCCAAUCCCUUCUUCCCUCAACUACCCACAACAACAACAACCCAGACACCAGAUGAUCAAUCCAAAUCGCCUGGAAAUGGAACCGUCGUCGCGAAUCCAAUUGCCACCCAUCCCACCACAAAACACGUCAAGAAAGUCGCAGUUCUCAUGUCCGUCGGAAUUGUCAUUCUGGGUAUGCUCUUCGCACUUGCAUUCUACUUCUAUAGACAUAGAACAACCAAGCAUCCAAUCCAGAGACACGAACUUGUAGGCGCUGAUUCUAUGAGAUUUCAGGAUGAAUCAAGAAUUCAACACUCACCGUCGACCUUUCUAUGCCGGCCGUCGAUUAAUGACACAAUUAAGUCGCCGUAUAGGAAAUUGGAUUCAGAAAAGAAGUCAGAUCGGUACAGGCCAAGCCCCGACCUUGAACCAUUGCCACCGUUAAUGAAACCGCCACCUCCAGCUAUUAUUAACUCCCCUCCGCCGAUGCCAUCAUCGGACGAUGAUGAUGACAUCCAGCAUACGCCGUUUUACACUCCCCAAGGCUCGUCGACGGCAAGCAUUGAAGAAAUCUCUCAUAAUUCUGGCUCUCUCCGGAGUUUUAGUAGCAGCUGGGCUAGUAAGAUCAGAUUUGAAGCAGAUUCGAAGACGAAUGAUUUCCCGCAUUCCAAGAGAACAUCCCCCAUAUCACGCAUUUCAAAUUCAUCUCCCGACAAUAAGCAGAAAAUUCCGACAACAAUGCCGCCGCCACCUCCUCCUCUUCCAUCCGGAAACUCCUAUAAUCAAAGCGCUUUUUCCCAUCCAUUGCCGCCUCCAAACAUGGCGCUCCUCCGGUCUGAUCAAACACAUAAAAAUCAAGCUCGUCCACCCCCACCGCCGCCGCCACCUCCGUCAUCAAAAACCCAAAAAUUGGGACCUGUAAAAAGAGAAUCACCAAUUUCUCCCAUGGAAUCGCAAUCGAAAGCUUCCAGCUGGAGGGAAAUCAAGAAUGCAAGCAGCCCUAUUCGUAGAGAGACAAUCAUUGAUGGAGACGAUGAAAGAAAACCCAAGUUAAAGACUCUGCAUUGGGACAAAAUGACGACAACCUCCGACCGAGCAACAGUAUGGGACCAAUUGAAAUCAACCUCCUUCCAAUUGAACGAAGACAUGAUGGAAACUCUCUUCGGAUGUAAAUCCACGACCACAGCACCCAAACAAACAACCGGAAGUCUACCGAGUUCAAUCCCACCGCCAUUGUUGCAAGAAAACAGAGUUCUUGACCCGAAGAAGUCACAGAACAUUGCCAUACUCUUAAGAGCCUUAAACGUGACGCUUGACGAAGUCUCUGAAGCACUUAUUGAUGGCAACCCAGAAGGAUUAAGUAUGGAUCUUCUUGAGACCUUAGUGAAAAUGGCUCCGACAAAAGAAGAAGAAAUCAAACUCAAAGAUUAUAAUGGCGACGUCUCAAAGUUAGGUUCUGCUGAAAGAUUUCUGAAAGCUAUACUCAACAUACCAUUUGCGUUCAAAAGGGUUGAAGCAAUGCUUUACAGAGCAAAUUUUGAUACAGAAGUGAAAUAUCUGAGAAAAUCAUUCCAAACCCUAGAGAUUGCUAGUGAAGAACUGAAGAACAGCAGACUAUUCCUGAAACUACUCGAAACCGUCUUACAAACAGGAAACAGGAUGAAUAUAGGAACAAACCGCGGCGAAGCUAAAGCGUUUAAACUGGAAACACUCUUAAAGCUAGUUGACAUCAAAGGAACCGAUGGAAAGACAACGUUGCUUCAUUUCGUUGUACAUGAAAUCAUCAAAUCUGAAGGACUACAAUUUGUAUCUGUUCUGAGCAAAGAACUUGCAAAUGUGAAGCAAGCUGCCGGCAUGGAUUCCGAUGUCUUGAGCAGUUACUUGUUGAAACUUGAAACUGGGAUCGAAAAUGUGAGUAGGAUAUUGGCAAAGACGCAGGAGGGUAGUUUCUUCAAUUCGAUGAAAGUGUUUCUUAGAGAAGCUGAAAUUGAGAUUAAUAGGAUUAAGACGGAAGAGAGGAAGGCGUUGUUGGUUGUGAAAGAUGCGACAGAGUAUUUCCAUGGUGAUAUGGGUAGAACGGAAGGGCAUCCUUUGAGGAUAUUCAUGAUUGUGAAAGAUUUUCUAUUGAUCUUAGAUAAGGAAGUUAGGGUUUUGCAGGAUAAUAAGGUUAUGGGUUUCCCAAGAUUAUGAAGUUUAAUAGAAGAUGGUUUAUGUAUGAAAUAUGUUUUAGAACUUAAUUGAAGAUGGGUGACCCAAUUUUGUAAGCCUAGAUUCACAA